UUUGCCCUAAAAGUUCCAAAGAAACGAAGUUCCAAAGGAAGGAAUACUCCAGCGCCGCCAUGCACGACGAGAGGGCCACCACCAAGACAAAGACGGGCAUAUCGUACCUGCCGGACGAGCUGGUGUCGGAGAUCCUGCCGCGGCUCCCCGUGGAGUCGUUGCUGCGAUUCAGGUCCGUCUGCAAGGCCUGGCGCGGCAUCAUCGACGAGGACUCCUUCCACCGGGAACACCUCCGCCUCCAGACCACGUCCUUGCUCGUCGCGCCGUGGAUCGGGGAGAACGACGACGAUGGCUCUCUCGCUUCCUCGAUCGGAGAGGUGACCGCCGCCGGUUUGUACCAGUGGGAUGGAAAGUAGCAAGGCGCCGCCACCCUCCUGCACGCCGUGUCCGACUGCCGUUCCAAGAAGAAUGCGUUGCACAGCAUGGCGCACUGCGAUGGGCUGGUGCUGCUGCCUAGCGGCAGCACGGUGCACGUGGUUAACCCGGCCACUCGGCGCACCCUGACGCUUCCCCCGACCCGGACGACCCCUCCCGACGUCGGGCCCGUCGUCAACCGCUUCGCCCCAGGUGCUCAGGCGUUCGGUCUUGGCCAGGACCCUCGCUACAACGCUUACAAGGUUGCCCGCUUCUACACUUAUCUGGACGUGCGCGCCCCGGCUACCCACUACUAUACUGCCAAGAUGGGGGUGUUCACCAUAGGGACGGACCUUUGUUGGCGUGACACCGCGGCCGCACCGCCGCAUCACCAGGUCAUGCCACAUCGAACGGCGACCUUCUUCAGGGGCUCCUUGUUGUGGACCGUCGUGCAGGGGGGUCUCCACGAGACACCACUCGCUCCAAGCUUUGUCCGCUUCAGGUUAGAGGACGAGUCUUUCAGCAUUGUACCGGCGCCUCCUUGCACCCCGAGGUUUAACUACAAGUCGUCCAGAUUAAGCGAGCUCCACGGGGAGCUGUGUGUAUGCGCGCGGGCAGCGUCCGAUUUCGGUGUUCUUGAGAUGUGGACGAUGUGCGGUGAUCUCGACGAUGGUUCCCAUCCGCCACACUGGGAUCUGCGUCGUGUCAUCAGGGGGCCCUUUUCGUUUCGAUCUUGUAUGCCCAUGACCGCGACCCCUGAUGUCGUGAUGUUCCAUUUUGCAACAUACUACCUCUACAACUACGAUCUCCAAAGUCCGAUCAAUAAUGAUCUGAUUGAGAUGAAGCGCUUGAGGUAUCAUCAACUUGGCACCGACAAAUUUGUCGAAUUCACGGAAAAAAAUAUCGCCGACCUUUAUGU